GCAGACACAAUCAGCACACUUCACUUGUAUUGAGGAUAUACAGUAUCUGCUAUUAAUCAUUGGAUAAGGAUGUAUUUCCCUUUUAACGUCUGCCCUUAGGGCUUUCCAUCUAGGUCUAAGCCAUGGCAGCAGAUGUUGUAUCUCACAGCCUGAACCUCCUGGAGACUCUCAAAGAGUCCAUUGAGAACAACAAGCUGUCAGAUGUCAAGGAUGCUGUGGAGGACCUCCUGAUCAGCCGGAUCAACCUGGCCGUGGCAGGAGAGCGGUGUCCUGAGAAGUCUGCAUUCAUCAACGCCCUCCGCGGCCUGGGGCCUGAGGAUGAAGGAGCUGCCCUGUCCCCCUGCCCCACUCCUCCAGAGGAGAUGGCCAUCUAUCCCAAUCCCAAGCACCCUGACUUCAGGCUCUGGGACUUGCCACCCACCCCCGCAGCCUUGCCUUUUGAGGAUGAUGAGGAUACAUUGCUUUACUCCAACGUCAAGGCUAUUAUGGGUGGAGAGUGACACAGCAAUUUUGGCUAGAAACAAAUGGGGGAUAGCAUACAGUACUAUGGCUUCUAUUAUACAGCCAUGUGGUGUUUUCUCAUAUUCCAGAUUGAAUGUUUUAUGAUGAUACAGAGACUUUGUUUAACUGAAACUACUGUAGUUAAUAGUUUUGGUAAUUCUUUCUUUUUCAGCCCUGUAUCAGCCGGUAUCUACCUGGUGGUUGUAAAUGUUUAUUACAAUUUGUUGCUAGUUGCACAUAGAUAACAAGUAUUUGCAAUGGAAGUUUAUGUAAAAUGAUUCCGUAUUUGUGUCACCAUGGGGAAGGACUGACUAAGAUGUGGUUUGGAGAAGUAGAGGUCAAACCAUUUCUCAUUUUUCUCCUCUGUCCAUUCAUGUUUUUGCAUUUUGAUUUAACCCUAACCCUAUAUAUUGAGGCACUACCUUACUUUUGAUGAUUGUGUGUAUUUUAGUUGUUUGUUAUCUGAAAUUUGUUCAAAGAAUUUGUAAAUUAUGUUUUUUUUUUUUAUAUAUAUGUUUUAACUAUCUUGUAGCAUGAUGUUCUACAGUACCCCAAAUGCUCUGUAUCAAUAUACGGUUUUAUCUUG